GAAAGAUUACAAGAACAAGAGGUUUCUACUGGUGAUUUAGUAGAAAUGCUCAAGCUUUCCAACCAGUCUCCACUGUGUACUGUCUCCUACAUUAAAUUGGAAUCUCUGCUGUAAAAUAUAUACAGGUAUGGUAUAGGUAAUGGCGAUUGUCACGGUUUUGGGUUUUUAUCCUGUUAGUUCCUGUUUUAUUUUGAAGUGUUCUCCUCUCCUCAUGUGUCUUGUUGUUUUACUUCCUGUCUUUGUUUGCUUUUCCCACCAGUUUUGAUUGUUUGCCCCGCCCUAAUUAGUUGCACCUGUGUCUCGUUGUCUCCCCUACCUAAGUGUAUUUAGUCAGAUUUGUUCAGUGUCAGUUUGCCAUUGUAUACAUGUCAAGCAUCCUGGUUUGUUGUUUUGUGGAGUUUGGCGGUCCCGGCUCGCCACUGGAUUUGUGUUUUUUGGUUUUGACUGUUUACCUGCUCCCUGUUUGUAUUGUAUUCCCUCUUUUGGACUGCCUGCAAUCUGUUUUUGGAGCUAAAACGUCUGCGAAAACAGAAAGAGCAGAGGGAGGAGAGCAGCAACUGGGGGAAAAAAAUCAAAGACGAUCACUGAAGGGAUACCAAACUCUACCCUCAUCUCCAAGCAGCCAUGGUCUUCCUGCUCAUAUCCCUAACUGUGCUGCAUCUGCUCACCUUGGCCAUGCUCCUUAUCGCCACCCUGGAAAAGUCCUGGUGGGUGUGGACUGAUUCAGAAAUCACAGACCUCUGGUAUAACUGCUUCUAUGAUAAUGCAACAAGGACCUGGCUGUGUGCUGCUACCAAUGAAAGCGACUGGCUGCAGUCUGUCCAGGCCCUCAUGGUCCUCUCUGUGGUCUUCUCCUCCAUCUCCUUCCUGGUUUUUCUGGGUCAGCUGCUCACCAUAUCCAAAGGAGGACUCUUCUACUUCACAGGCCUCUGUCAGGCCUUUGCAGGUUUCACAGCCUUUGCUGCUUGCCUCAUCUUCACCUUCCACAGAAAGGAGAUCUUAAAUGACUCCAGAGAUCUGAGCAAAGGACGCUUUGGCUACUGUUUCAUCCUGGCAUGGCUGUGUGUCCCUCUCCUCCUGGUCAGUGGAGUCCUAUAUGUCCACCUGCGCAAGAGGCAGUGAGCCAAAAAACAGAAAGGAUGAAAAAUCUCUCAUUAAGAGUGUGAUGCUCUUCUAUCACUUCAAACACUUUGCAGUUAACAGUAAGCACACAUGAGGAAAUAAGAUGACUGAGAAUAAAAUACCUCCUUAAAUGAUACAAUUCUGUUUUCUUUAUGACUGAGUAUCAACCCUACCGUGCUACAUGGUAUGCAAGACAUUAUGUCUGGUUGUGUAUGUGUCUGUGAGACUCAUUGUUGUCACUCAAGACCAGAUCAGAAAAACUAAGUCAUUAAAACUCAGUCAUGCUGUAAGAUACAAAGCUCAUAUGAAUGUGUUACAUGAAGGAUUCUGACAUAGAAAUAUUAGGUAAUUAAUGCUUAACCUGUUGUGCUUAAUGUAUGAUUGUGAUUUUGGUAGGACAAUGUGGAGCUCAAAUAAUUUUUUUUGUAUUUUGUAUGAAUAUGUGUUUACUGAUUAAAAAAGUAAUACACUGA